AGAUUAUGGAAGAGGCUGUGACCAGGAAAUUUGUUCAUGAAGACAGCAGCCAUAUUAUUUCUUUCUGUGCGGCUGUUGAGGCCUGUGUGUUACAUGGACUAAAGCGUCGAGCUGCUGGAUUCCUGCGCAGUAACAAGAUCGCUGCUCUUUUUAUGAAAGUAGGAAAGAGCUUGCCUGCAGCAGAAGAACUAUCAAGGAAAGUUCAAGAUUUGGAACAACUUAUUGAGAGCAGACGGAUCCAGAUAGCAACCAAUCAAGAACAUAUCCGAAGACUACCAAAGCUACCUAAUCUGUCACCGCAGGCUAUAAAACACUUAUGGAUUCGCACAGCACUGUUUGAAAAAGUGUUGGAUAAAAUUGUACAUUAUCUAGUAGAGAAUAGUAGUAAAUAUUACGAAAAAGAAGCAUUGCUCAUGGAUCCAGUGGAUGGGCCCAUCCUUGCCUCUUUGCUCGUUGGUCCUUGUGCAUUGGAGUACACAAAAAUGAAAACAGCAGAUCAUUUCUGGACAGACCCUUCCGCUGAUGAACUUGUACAAAGGCAUCGUAUUCAUAGUGCAUAUUGCCGACAAGAUUCACCAACCAAACGCCCAGCCUUAUGCAUCCAGAAGAGACAUUCGAGUGGUAGUAUGGAUGACCGUCCCUCCCUCUCCGCCCGAGACUAUGUGGAAUCAUUACAUCAGAAUUCAAGAGCUACUUUAUUGUAUGGCAAGAAUAACGUUUUGGUCCAACCAAGAGAUGAUAUGGAAGCAAUCCUAGGGUACUUAUCCCUACACCAGACAGGAGAUACCAUGACACUGAAAUGGACUCCCAACCAGUUGAUGAAUGGUUCUGUUGGAGAUUUGGAUUAUGAGAGAAGUGUCUAUUGGGACUAUGCAAUGACAAUUCACUUGGAAGACAUUGUAUACCUUCAUUGCCAUCAGCAAGUAGAUAGUGGUGGUACAGUAGUUCUAGUGAGUCAGGAUGGAAUCCAGCGACCACCUCUACGGUUUCCAAAAGGCGGACACCUUUUGCAGUUCCUCUCUUGCUUGGAAAAUGGUCUACUUCCUCAUGGCCAGCUGGAUCCACCACUGUGGUCUCAGAGAGGAAAGGGUAAAGUUUUUCCAAAGCUUCGAAAAAGAAGUCCUCAGGGAUCAGCUGAGUCAACCUCAGAUAAGGAAGAAGAAGAAGCAACAGAUUAUGUUUUUCGAAUAAUUUACCCAGGAAGCCAGCCAGACUUUGUUACCAUUAAGCAUCAUUACCGCUCUUCCUUUGCAUCAUCCAUCCCGCACACCCUCUCCUUUGACAUCAUUGAGAGUCUGAAGGCCAUGAUUCAUCUUGAUAACAGAACACUGGUGACCCCAAAACGAUCUCAGAGCCUUUAUGAGAGCUUUCAUCCCAGUCCUACCAUACCUGGCACAACUUUGCAUCAGUUCCCACAAGACUUCAUGGAUGCUCAGGGUAGCUGUUUACCUCCCAUGUGGCAUAUGAACAGUCAUAAGUCCUCCUGCUCCUCGUGUUCCCAAAGUGGCUCCUCAGAUGGUGGAACAGUCAAUGGCUGCAAUCAUGAGAGGGCUCCCCUGAAAUUGCUGUGUGACAACAUGAAAUAUCAGAUUGUCUCCAGAGCAUUCUAUGGCUGGCUUGCAUAUUGCAGACAUCUGUCCACAGUGAGAACUCACUUAUCAGCACUUGUAAACCACACAAUAGUAUAUCCAGACAUACCAACAGACACUAGUUCUGGACUUACUGCUGAAAUAUGGCAUAAGUAUUUGGAGGACAGUACGAGUUAUGAAGAACGAGAGCUGCUAAGACUUAUUUACUACGGAGGAAUUCAGCAAGACAUCCGGAAAGAUGUAUGGCCAUUUCUGCUUGGGCAUUAUCAAUUUGGAAUGACAGCAGCAGAAAGAAAAGAGGUAGAUGACCAGGUUCAUGCAUGCUAUGAACAGACAAUGGCUGAGUGGAUAGGCUGUGAAGCGAUUGUUCGCCAAAGAGAAAAAGAGUCUCAUGCUGCAGCUUUGGCAAAAUGCUCUUCAGGCGCAAGUCUGGAUAGCCAGAUGCAGCGAAUGCUGCACAGAGAUUCGACUGUUAGCAAUGAGUCUUCCCAAAGCUGUAGCUCUGACAGACAGAGCCACAUUCGUCUGCAGAGUGACUCCAGUACCAGUACACAGGUGUUUGAAUCUGUUGAAGAAACUGAGCAACCAGAGAUGGAAGAGAAGAAUGAAGGCUUGAAGCAAGCCACCAAAAUUCCUAAUGGCAUCCUUCCAAAUGGGACUUGUUCGCCUGAUUCGGGACAUCCAUCAUCUCGGAAUUUCUCCAUUACUUCAGUAUAUUCCGAACACAGUUUUAGUACUGAUGACACUGUGUCAAUGGACACAGCCAAAAAUCAUUUGCAUCUCCAGAUGAAACAGAGGGAUGCAGCAAGUAGAAAACGUAAAGGAUCAGAUGAUGUUUCAAUCUAUAAGAGCACAGAGGAAGUGCUUCCUUCACUGGACAGUUCAGAAGGUGAUUUUCCAGCCAAUGACAGCUCUGAAGACCUCCUGUCAACCACUGAGAACUCAGAGGAAAUACCACCUCUUAAAGACAAUGCCAUUCUUACUGUAGUUGAAAUGAGAACUGAGUAUGCUGAUAAACAAAGCUUGGAUGGGAGUGAAGAUGCCCUUUCUGAAGAGCCAGAAAUGGAGAGUUUGUAUCCACAAGUGGACUCACUGGCAGUUUCUGACAGCAACCCUAACAAUAUUUCUCCUGUUUCUUCAACUGGAGUUUCAUACUCACAAGAACUACUGGACAUGUACACAAUAAAUCUGCAUCGGAUUGAAAAGGAUGUACAGAGAUGUGACCGGAAUUACUGGUAUUUCACACCUGCAAAUCUGGAAAAAUUGCGGAACAUCAUGUGCAGCUACAUCUGGCAGCACAUUGAGGUUGGGUAUGUACAGGGAAUGUGUGACCUACUUGCCCCUCUUCUUGUGAUCCUGGAUGAUGAGGCCCUUGCCUUCAGUUGCUUUACUGAGCUAAUGAAGAGGAUGAACCAGAAUUUUCCACAUGGAGGUGCUAUGGAUACCCAUUUUGCAAACAUGAGAUCUCUUAUCCAGAUCUUGGACUCUGAGCUCUUUGAAUUGAUGCAUCAGAAUGGCGAUUACACUCAUUUCUAUUUCUGCUAUCGCUGGUUCCUUCUUGAUUUCAAACGUGAACUGGUUUAUGAUGAUGUCUUCUCUGUUUGGGAAACAAUCUGGUCUGCACAGCAUGUCUCGUCCACUCAUUUUGUCCUUUUCAUAGCACUGGCCUUGGUAGAGGUUUAUCGUGAUAUAAUCUUGGAAAACAACAUGGAUUUUACUGAUAUCAUAAAGUUCUUUAAUGAAAUGGCUGAACGACAUAAUGCUAAACAAGUCUUGCAGUUGGCAAGAGACCUGGUAUACAAAGUCCAGACACUGAUUGAGAAUAAAUGAGGAGUAAAAGGAAUCCAAUACAGCAGUUAUAAUAAAAAGUCACUUUUUUCAUCCCGUCGGCUCACAGUGCAACAUUUGUGAAAAAGGAAGACAUUGUUACUAAGAUUGUUUGAGUAACUUGAUCAGGAAAGAAGAUAUUAUACUGACAUUAAGCCUGGAUAUUUCAAAAAACAGCAUCUGAUGGGAUUCAGCACAAUCCAAGCAAGAAGCCUUUGUUUUUAGAGUAAUUUAUUUGUUAUUUCAAGUGGCUCUACUUCUAGAUUCUGAAUAAGACAAAAAUGUCCAUAGGUCAUCUGCUCUUGUAUUGCAGUACCAGGAAUACAUCCACUCACAAACUUACUUUCAGUUGCUUAUCAGAGUCAAGCUCAUUCUUCAUUUGAAUGUGCGCUCCUGAUUUAUAUCUGAAAUUAAUCAGUUGAUUAGAAACUAGAUUUAUAACGCACAUCUAACUGUACACAGAUUCUCUUAAAAGUACUGUGCACGAUACAAGUUUUGAGACAGGCAUGCUCUUUGGCUGCCUAUUACUUAGUCUAGCAUAUAAUAUGGGAUUCAGAUUCCAGUGGUUGUAUGACUGGUUUUACUCCUGUUAUAAUCAAGUUCAUUGUAUUUAAAGUAAGCUGUAACACUGGUGUACUAUUUGAGUAGCCUGCAUCAUAGUGAAAUAUAAAGCAUAAAUUCCCCAUGUUUAAAGACAGCCCUUGCUGUAUUUCCACAUGUACCAGCAUUACCUUGCAUUACACAGCUGUAACGGCAGUAAAGGACAGGUUGUCUUGGGCCCCCCCCCACCCCCUUCACCAGCAGUUAACAGGCUAGUAUAUUUUCUAGUCUGUAAAAGCCAUCAGAGGUAGUGCAAUAUUGAAAUGGCUCAUUGUGCCUUGAAAGUUUGUAUGCCAUAGUGUAGGAUAUUGAAAGGAUGGGGUGGUGUUAUGCCUAGAUGCACUAAAAUUACAGAAGCCUUUGUACGUUAUUCACUAAAACAGCUUCAGCUGUUGCAGAGCUUCACCUCAAUAUGCCUGCUGCCAUCCGGACACUAAAGUAAGACCUACCAUUUUGGUGCUUCUGCCUACCAUGUGUGUAGAGUAAACAGUUGUAGGAAACUGGCUUCUUUCUCUUUGUGAUCACCUGAAAAGUCUCUCUAUUUACCCUGUUGAUACUUGCAAUCAUUCAAUAUCAAAGUCGAGCUAACAGGCCACCCAAAAACAUCCAGAGUCUCUUUAAUAGCCUUACAGCUUCUCAUCCUCCUCUGACCUCUAGUCAUUGUUCUUUGGGUGACAUAGUAUCGUCUGAACUCCAGUCAUUGUUCUUUUGGUGACAGAAUAUUCCCUGAUCUCCCGUCAUUGUUCUUUUGGUGACAGAGAAUCUUCUCUUCUCCAUUCAUUGUUCUUUUAAUGACAGAAUAUCUCCUGAUCUCCAGUCAGUGUUCUUCUACUGAUAGAGUAUCCUCUGAUCUCCAGUCAUUGUUCUUUUGGCGACAGAGUAUCCUCUGAUCUCCAGUCAUUGUUCUUUUGGUGACAGAGUAUCCUCUGAUCUCCAGUCAUUGUUCUUUUGGUGACAGAGUAUCCUGUGAUCUCCAGUCAUUGUUCUUUUGGCGACAGAGUAUCCACUGAUCUUCAGUCAUUGUUCUUUUGGUCACAGAAUAGUCCAUUUAUCUCCAAAAGAUCCCUAUUAUUUGUCCUUUUUGUUAAAGGAUAGUUCAGCCAUUCCAAAGCAAUUCCUGCACAUUAACCUUUGGCAGUAUACUUGGCCAUCCCUUCCCAGAUGAUCCCAGACCAGUUGGUUUUCAGUAGCCAUUCCUUCACCAAAUGACACGUGGCUAUUAUCCCAUUAGGUAAUAUAGUAGCUCAUCCCUCCCCCUGUGAUCACUACUUAUAGCCCCUUUGGUGGUAUGUCAGCUCACACUCAUUACCAGCUGAUUUGUGGUUUGACUCCUGGUACAGAUUUUGCAGUUUCUCAUAUUCUACAGCCCUAGACCACAUCUCACUGCUAUUGAUUGAUUCUGCACUAUGUGUAACAGUACAGCCAAGUCAACUAACCCAUGUCUGUCUUAGCUGCCAGCCCUGGCUGUAUUUCAAGUCACUGAUUAACCAGUGACCUACAAAGAUACCCAUCUAUAUUCUGCUACCACCCUGGCCACAAGCUAACUAAUAUCACUGUGAACAUUUCUAGACAUUGAUUGUUUGCUGGCUCUGUUAUGGUUAUAAUGCUCAUUUUUCAGAAAUGGACUUUGUCAAACAUAAUCAUUUGGGAUACUCAUGCAGGAGAUACAAAAGUAGUCAUUGGGGAAAGGAAGCAGGACUCUGGACCACAAGCUGCUUAGAAAAGGAGGAGGGUGACAGAGAAUACUGUAUUUUCAGCAAAAUUGGCACUGAGAGUGGAGGAACUGUAAUAUCAUCAACAUAAAUUUAAUUUGAAAUCAGGGAGGUACUGCUAAUAAGUAGCUAUUAGAGCUUGUAUUAAGGAUCGUACGGGGUGGAUCUCUUCAACACCAGAAAUCUUCAUUCAGUGAAAGCACAAUAGUGACUAAGUUGUCAUUAACAGUUUAUUAUUGCUUAUAGUGGGGGAAUAUAUUAGAUAUUAUUUGGAAUGAGCAAUUUGAUUCACUAGCAGUAGGAGUACUACAAAGAGCUUGGUGUGACUGGGGGUGGGGGAGCAAUAGAUUAUGUAGAAUGUGAAAUUAAACAAUAAACAAAGGUUUUAUUUUGUGACCAUGGGAAUUUAGUAUGGGAGAUUUUGAGAUGGAUGGACCACAGUGAUGACUGCCAGAGUUAAACAAGAAGUGAAAAGCCAUGCCAUACCACCAAAAAAGUUCAAGUGGUUACAGACAGAACUGUAAUGAACAAUGAGGAAUUAAAGUUAAAUAAGGACAGGUGAAAGGGUUUGUGACAGGAAUUUCCUAUCAAGCAAACUUGGGAUGGAGUUGGGGUGGAGUGGGAGAACACUUUCCCAUGUGAGAAAUUUCCAUGCAAAUAGAAGAGUUCAGACCAUGACCUUAGCAGACAAUUGUUUUUUUUUCCUUUCAGUUUAUGUACUGAUUGACCUUAUAUAUAACCUGAUUAUAAAAACAUACUAAUGAGACCUUAUGAAUGUACAUAAUCUUGCCUUGCACAUUCAUUUUCACUUACAUAUUAGUACAUCACAGGCUGUAUAUCAAAUCUGAAGGUGCAACAUUUCUAUAGUUGCACAAACUGUGAGUAUCCUGCCUGAAACCCUGAAUAUUUUGCAUUAAAUACAAUGGCUGUGUACUUCUGCUGUAUAUCAUGCGUAAAACAAGAAGUCUAAUCAUCUAAUUACUCAUUUUGUCUGAUUAAAACAUCAAAGUUGUCUUUCACCUAGUGUUUGGAUGACCCAUCUCUUAGGAAUUUUUUAAGUGAAUGGCAUUCUCACUGGACAAAAAGUAGACUGAUCUCAAAAGACCCUCAGCCUAGACAGCCUCAAUGUAAGUAUCUUCAGAAAGUGACUGAACAAGGAACAUAAGAACAUAGAAACAAUAAUGGAUAAAGGCUUUUGGGGACCAGAAGCUACCUAGCCAUGUACACCUUGAAGUAGCCACACUUUAAAGUUCUUGCUCCCCUUUUUGAGCAGUUGAUAGUGCUCACUUCACAAAUCUUGAAUUAUGGCCCCAUGGUAAGUUUCUGUUUUCCCUUUUAAUUAUGAGCAUUUAACUUAAAGGGUGCAAAAACACAGUGGUAAAUAGUGGAAACUUAUUCCACAGGCUGGAAAUAUAUUGAGUUGGAAACCUAUCCCUCUGGUGAGGCUUGUUUAUUGGUAUAGAUUUAUGUCAUUUGUGGUGGUGCUUGUAGGGCCACCAAUUUUGCAAAGAAAUAAAAGGUUAGAUAGGACUGGACCUUUCAUGGCAUGGAAAGUAAGGCAUAGGUCAACCCAGAGCAGCUGGUAGGCUGCUGAGUAUAAGGAGAGAUAUAUUAAUCUGUUGGGAUAGUUGAAGGAUUUAAGGCCUUUAAUUUUCUUGGAUAGACAUCUUUGGGAUCUUUCCAGCUCAGCAAUUUGCCUGGAUUCGUACACACAAAAGGGGAUGUUGUAUUAGUUAAUAGGUCUGAUAAGGGAAGUGUAUAGAACUCUGGUAGCAUCCUUGGAUCUUGAAUAUAUUUCCCUGCAAAUUAACUGGUCCAAAUAGAAGGGUUUCCUGACUGUAAUGGAAAUAAAAUGAUUGAAUGAGGCAGAAUUGUCCAUAAAAGUACCCAGGUCUCUUAUGACCAUGAUUGCUUGAAGAGGAGUACCAUUUAUAACACAUGAGGUGGGAACAGCUAGACCACCACUGACUACACAAGUGGCAUAAGACAACAUAGCCAUAAGGUGUCCAUCCACAUCCUUCAGCCCUCCAAAAUAAUAAAGCCAGCUGCACAAGCACAAUGUAUUUAUACCGUAAAACCUCCCCAGAUCUGACUUAUCUGCCCUCACACUGAAUGAAAAUGAAACCACUACACACACUCUCCUUACAUUCCCAGCAACAUAGAUGACUCAUAGCCAUUCCACACCCACAGAGAAAUGUAUAUAAACAAACAUAAACACACACACACACACACACACACACACACACACACACACACACACACACACACACACACACACACACACACGCACACACCAAACACGUUGCUACAGGCAGCUCACAUUAAAGUUGACAUUUAAAGUAGUGCUUCUUUCACAUUUAUGAACAAGCCGUCACUUGAAAGCAACUAGCCUAAGGCAGGCCCUUUCAGAUGGUGGCAGUAAACUCAGCCAUAUGAGGCUGAGGUGAUUACACUUCAGCCUGGCAUUAUGCACGCCAUUACUACCAUGGCAUAUCUAUCCAUUUAUGAAAACUGGACUCAAAUAUUGGACAGUAUUACAGAUUUAAUAACAAUAAAAACUGCAGUCUAUGUUGUUGUUAAAUUAAUUUGCAUUAUACCCUUGUUAAAUCAAUUUGAAUCAUUAUAACAGUUAACUAUUUAAGCACACUAAGUAUUUCAUUGUCAAACGCUAUGAAAAGUAUUUCUACAUUACUAGCUAAAAGUGGUUAUUAUGCUGCAAUUAAGGAAAUAGCAGAGAAAGAAAAUUAUUUAUAACACAAGAAGACUGAAAAUAACAUCUUGCUCAUAUUUCCUUAUUAACAGAAAAUGUGAAUUUUCUUAGUGUUUUUUUUUUUAAUUGUGCAUCUCUUAAUUCAAGUAUUGUUCAGUGCAGAUAACAAUGUCAAGAAAAGUAACAACCUGCCUUCAGUGUUCAAAAAAUUCAGUGGGAUAAUUUUCACAAAAAUGACAAGUGAUAGUAUGUGACUUUUUAUUGUUGAGUUAUUUGCCAUGCAAUGCAUUUAGUAGAUAGUACAAUGCUGCUACAUGUUUAAUAGUCUGCCAUUGUGUUAAAUUAUUUUCACCCAAAAUUGCAAUCUAUGGAUGACCUACAGAGUCGCCAUUACUACAAAUCCAAUUUGUAAUUGCAUUUUUAUGCUUAAAAUAUUCUCCACUGUCAAUGGAAAAGGUGCAAUUUUUGUAAACAGAGUAGCCUGCUAAUGUUAAAUAUUUAGUUUGCAAGGUAUAUUUCAGAUUUUUAUUUUUGUAUAAGCUAAAUAAUUUCUGAACUUUGCCUAUAAAUUGGUAAAGUAACAUUUGAUUUUAAAUGUCUGUUUAUUCACCAUUAAUAAAUCAUUAAAAUGCUUGACAUUUUGUACAGCAUGGACAUUUUCCACUACUAAAGAUGGGAUAAAUCAGGUAUUGGGCUUUGCACAGAACUACAUUAUUUGUAUGCUGUAAUAAGUGCAUACUGAUAAAACAAUUUUUCCUAACACACACUGAUUAUACUAUUAGCACAAAAUUUACCUUCCUAAUGCAAUAUCAUUUAAAAAAUGUUUAUAUCAGUAUCAAGACCUAAGAUACAAUGUUUUUUUUACCAGGCAAGUGAAAUGAAACAAGUUCAUUUUCCUUGAUAUGUUAACUUGCUUUAUAAAUUGCGUAAAAUAAUACAAAUCUAAGCUUGUUACGUUGAAACAUGAAACAGUUGUUCUGGAGUACCAUCAGUGACAAACUCUGUUAUUAGAUUGUCUUGUUACUUGAAAAUUAAAUGUUAGGUUUUCAGUACAGCCUGAAUUAAAAGCCAUUUUCAUUAAAGAAAUCACUGCCCUGUAUAUACCAUAUGGUAUACUAUACUGAUUUUCACAUUUUCUAACAGUAAAAAACAUUAAACAGAAAAGUGCUGUAAUAUGUAAGAUUAUUCACUGAAAGAGAACUUGUGAAGUGUGACUAAUCUAACACUUUCACUAUAAUUACUUUAUUUUAACUAGAUUACAUGUGCAUUUUACUGCAUAUAUAUUGCAUAAGAUUAUUUGAAAAAACAAUGUCUUUGUAUUACAGUACACUUUAAGAUACACAUGUUGUUGUUCAAGGUGCCAGUGUUUUCACUAUGUAUUUAUCUCAUAUAUUUAUACAAGUUAUUGUACAACUGAAAAUGUAUGUAUAAAAUACUGUAUGUGAAUUGUUCUGUAAAUGUAAAUAUUUAUUUGAAAAUGUAUUUAAUAUAAAUGUUUAUCAGAGAGCUAAGUCACAUAUAGAUAAGAGACAAAUGGCCAUGUUUUGGAUUGAGAUCUUUUAUUCCCUUUGUGACUGAAUGCUCAAGUUACAAAUGUGCCAAGCCGUUAUUAUUAUUGCUUUGUGGUAAUUGCUGAAAUAUUUAACACUCUCCUGCUAGGUGUUCAUUAUCUCUUACUGUUAUAAAUGAAUACAGCAUAGAAUUUUCUUUACAAAUAA